AUGGAUCACAAACAGCCCGCUUUGUCGCGCACCUUGCCGAAGGAUUUUACGUUCCACGCUUUCGAUGAGCCUCGCACGCCAACAAGACCAGCCAAGGAGCUCGAGAUCCCGCCGCCUCCACAUCAUUCUUCUUAUCGCCUUAGGAGGCCUCCACUUGAUAUUAUCUCGAAUCUCGGUUAUAAUGCGAUGCCGUUUUGCUCCCCGGAUGUUCCCUUGCCCUCUAUUGAAUUCUCCAAGGAAGUAGAUACGUCUUCCAGCUCGUUAGAUACUAAUCUAACUAGACACACAUCUCCCGGGCGCCUUGAAGUACCGCCGCCACAGAGACGCGAUCCUAAGACCCCUGAAGCGCAAGUACGAGAAGAUAUCGUGGGAGAACGCCGUAGCUGGAGAGAGGAGAGCUUCACCUCUGGAUCUGACCCUAUUCCACGCCCAUCUUCAGCUUGCUCAAAUACUUCAGAUUCAUCAGUGUCCUCAAGUGGAUCUUUUGGCUCUCAUCCCUCUUUCGGCGGCAGUUGUACGAGUUUUGAGAGUGAGAUUCAAGACCCUUUUCUUGCGCACUCAUUUCCUGAUCGAAAGCAACCCCUCGAGUCUCCUUCUAAACCUGCAAUCGCGCGAAAUGUUUCACCUCAAUUUCCAGGUGGCCAUCGAUGGACAUCGGAGAUGGAUAAUCAUCUGUGGAAUGCUUAUCAACUGUACCUCCAGGACCCAACCAUCACCCCAUUCAAAACCGUUCCAGGCAGCGUUCCGCCACUUGGUGUGUCCCAUCGUGUUGCUAGAGAAGCUCGCAGGACAUGGCCAAGAGUAAAGCACGGUCUCGCCAAAAGGCAUGGUCAAGAUACAUCUCAGGAACUCGAAUCAAAAGCCGACCCAACGCCCGAAGCAAGGAGUGGUAGCUGCACCCCUAAACCUGGAGUGGUCAACUCUAAACCGCUUUGGCCACGGUCCGAUGCCUCGACAAGGAAGAGGCUAAAGCAACUUUGCAGAAGAAGGUUUUCCAUUGCGCCACAUUAUCAAAGGCUUCUACAAUCUCGAAGCCCUUCACCUUUCCCUGAGCUUUUCAUCCGCUCUUCUUCUAGCUCGCUCUCCAUGGGAUCAUACGGUGCCUCUAAUCCUUUUGCUCGUGAUCUUGGUGUUUCACUUGUCGCAACGUCUCUGCCUGCUAGUAUUCCUGCAGUCACUAUUGAAAAUAAACAUGUAAAUUCCGAGCAGACAAACUGGUUUAACAAUGUUGCGGAACAACCUCUAGCGAUGGAACCCCAAACCCAAUCCGAGUUGCAGCCUCCAAGGAAUCUAGUCGAUGAAGGCCCAGCUACCAUCCCUCGCCUUGGUUCACCGUUCAUGUAUCAUACAUGGGGCCCUGAUACUUCUCGUCGCCACCUUCGUCCAGUUCCACCCCCGAAUGUUCCUGAAACCAUCCAUGGACCCACUGGCUCGCGGCUCCGCUCCUCUAUCCCUCCUGAAAUGAUCACGAGCGCUCACAAAAGACGCGCAAUGAACCAAUUAGACGAUGAAAUCAGCCCAGAUAGAAACGCACCUCCCGACCUCCUACCAGAGCCCUCAAAGGACGAGAAGAAGAACCCGAAUUAUCGACGAGUCAGACUGCGAAAUCGCGGGGCAACUACGAGUGGACUAAGCUCUCGAGAACGGUUGAAUCAGCUUUUCACUCCACCGUCGCAUUUUGGCUCCAACGAGAGCAAGGCUAGCGCUCUUCCGGCAACCUCAUCCCAGGCUGAACCGCGAAAGGAAGAAAUUAAGAGGCUCGGGUCGCCGUUUAACUCUGACCGUUGUGCAGGCAGAUCUUUACAGUCACGCCAUGCACCUUCACGCUCAGAACCUUUUAUCCUUGCCAGGCCCACCCGAGACAGAGCUUCUAGUCUUCAAAGCCCUCCGCCGUUCUAUUUCCAGCAUAAGGAUGAUGUGGUUUCUUCCCCCCCAGCUUGA